AUGCUCCCGCGCCGCCUGCUGCUCCUGCUGCCGCGGGGCCUGGGGCUCCCGGCUCCGCUCGGGGGGUCGCCCUGCCGGGCCCCGCCAAGCUGCCGCUGCCGCUGCCGCUGCCGCUGCCGCCGCCGCCUGGGCUCGGGCUCGGGCCCGGGGCCGGGCCUCCGUGCGGCCUCCGGGGAAGCCUUUCCGGAGGAGCCGUUCGUGUUUCCCGAGUACGAGCCGGAGCCCGAGCCGGAGCCCGAGUUGGAGGAGCGGCGGCGGCUGCAGGAGCGGGAGGAGGAGCGGGAGGCGCGGGAGGAGCGGCGGCGGCUGCUGCAGGAGGAGCGGCGGCGGCGGCGGCGGUGGGAGGCGGAGGCGGAGGCCCGGGGCCCGGGGGGUCCGGAGGGCCCGGGGGGUCCGCCCAGCGGCCUGCACUGCUCGGGCUGCGGCGCGGAGCUGCAGUGCGGGGACCCCGCGGGGCCCGGCUACGUGGCCGCCGCCAAGCUGGAGGGGUCGGAGCGGCCGGAGGCGGAGGGCGGUGGGGGCCCGGGGCGGGCCCCGGUGUGCGCCCCGGUGUGCGCCCCGGUGUGCGCCCCGGUGUGCGCCCCGGUGUGCCGGCGCUGCUGGCUGCUGGCCCAUCACCGGCGGGCGCUGCAGGUGCGGCUGCCCCCCGGCCAGCACCAGCGGCUGCUGGGCGCCGCGCUCCGCCGGCCCGGCCCGGCCCUGCUGCUCUACCUGGCCGAUCUGCUCGACCUGCCCGACGCCUUCCUGCCCGGCCUGCUGCCCGGCCUGCUGCCCGGCCUGCCCGCGCUGCUGGCCGCCCGCCGGCUGCUCGUGCUGGGCAACAAGGUGGACCUGCUGCCCCGGGACUCGCCCGGCUACCUGCGCCGCCUCCGGGACCGCCUGGGGGCCGAGUGCGCCCGGGCCGGGCUGGGGAGCGGGCCGGGGACGGGGCCGGGGAGCGGGCCGGGGAGCGGACCCGCGGCCGUGAUGCUCAUCAGCGCCAAGACGGGCUACGGGGUGGAGGAGCUCAUCUCGACGCUGCAACGAUCCUGGCGCUACCGGGGCGACGUCUACCUGGUCGGGGCCACCAACGCCGGCAAGUCCACUCUCUUCAACACCCUCCUGCAGUCCGACUAUUGCACCGCCAAGGGCGCCGAGGCCAUCGACCGGGCCACUAUCUCCCCCUGGCCAGGUACUACCUUAAACCUUCUGAAGUUCCCCAUUAGCAACCCCACUCCAUAUCGGAUGUUCAAAAGGCAUAAGAGACUCAAAGAAGAUGCGGCGAAAACUGAAGAAGACCUUAGUAAGCAGGAGCAAAAGCAUCUCAAUCACCUUAAGAAAUGGGGCUACUUAGUAGGAAGAGUUGGAAAAACGUUUCAUUAUUCACAAAAGCAAGUCCAAAACAAUGCUGAGGUCUUUGAAUUUGAUGCGGACAGCCUCGCCUUUAGCAUGGAGCCAGAAGUGGCUGAGCCCAAGCCCCCUGCAGACAGAGUGGAACUGACCCCUCAAGACGUGAAAGAUGCUCACUGGUUUUAUGACACGCCUGGGAUUAUGAAAGAGAACUGUGUCUUGAAUCUGCUGACAGAUAAGGAAGUAAAGCUUGUCUUGCCAAUGCACUCCAUUAUCCCAAGAACCUAUAUGCUUAAGCCUGGAAUGGUUCUGUUUUUGGGAGCUUUGGGUCGCAUAGAUUACCUGCAGGGAAGUAAGUCAGCUUGGUUUUCGGUAAUGGCUUCCAACUUGCUGCCGGUCCACAUAACUACGUUGGAGAAAGCAGAUGCUGUCUAUCAGAAGCACGCAGGCCAAGCAUUGCUACAGGUACCUAUGGGCGGGACAGAGCGCAUGACGGAGUUCCCGCCUCUCAUCUCUCAGGAUCUCACGCUGGAAGGGAACGUGCUUCAGGAAGCUGUGGCCGACAUUAAACUGUCCUCUGCUGGUUGGGUGGCCAUAACAGUUCAGGAGCUGGGGCCACUGCAGCUUCGUGGCUAUGUACCCAGGGGCUGUGCUGUGACGGUGCGCCAGCCUCCCCUGCUGCCCUACAUCGUCAACCUCAGAGGGGAGCGGAUCAAGAAGAGCGUCGCUUAUAAGACCAAGAAGCCUCCGGCCCUGGUGUGCAACCUGAAGUCACGUAGAAGCCAACCACAGAGAGACUCGAAACUCCUCCACGUGGAAGGGUUGAUCUAGCUGACCACCAGCACGGCCACGGGCACUGGCCCUGGAGUCCCCACCCGCACCGCAAAGCCAUGUCGUCAAUGGACUAUGGGGUGUCUGUUGGCCAUGCACUGAACGAGUCGGUGAUGCAGGGAGAUUAGCAGGCAUCUGCCUACUUAGGCUCUUCCCCAUACCAUUGCCCCCUCCUACUUUGCUCAAACACAGGGUCAGUGGCCUGGGGGGAAGUGGAGGGAUGUGGGUUUUCAGUAGUGGGAGUGAUAGGGCAAGAGCAGCCAUAAUGGCCAUUCAGAGGAGCUGCACCCCUUUCACAUUCCCCUUUCAGGGUUUUCCUCUAUUUGUUGGCCCCUCGGUGCCCUUCUCAACCUACGUUUGUGUAGAAUAUCAUGCGGAUGCCAUCUUUGCUUCAGCAGUCUGUGAGAUUAAAUGCCGUUUUUAAAAAUUGA